AUGGCAUCCGCCACGCUGACAGAGUUCGUUACCACCACGGUCAAUGCGACCGCUGCGACAGCAACGUCUGACAAUAGGGCGACACCUCAAGGCGGCGUGUUUGAGCAUGUCAAUCCUACCCAUUUCGAUCCGAGCAACCCAAUCGUCCUGUUUAUCAUACAGGCUUCGAUUGUUAUCAUUCUGACACGCAUCAUACACUUCCCUCUCACCUACCUGAGGCAGCCUCGUGUCAUCGCAGAAGUCAUCACGGGAAUCAUACUCGGCCCUUCGAUCAUGGGCCGUAUUCCCGGUUUCACUGAUGCCAUCUUCCCACCAGCUUCGCUCCCUGUAUUCAAUCUCGCGGCCAACCUCGGCCUUAUUCUCUUCCUCUUCCUUGUUGGGCUGGAAGUCGACUUGCGAUACCUUCUCAGUAACUGGAGGAUAGCGCUGAGUGUCGGCGCUCUCGGCAUGGUCGUACCAUUUGGGCUAGGAGCCGCCAUUGCCUGGGGCUUGUAUAAUCAGUUUCGCACUGACGAAGGCAUUGCUCACAUCGACUUUGGCAUCUAUCUACUCUUCAUUGGUAUUGCUAUGGCCAUCACUGCCUUUCCGGUCUUGUGUCGUAUCUUGACCUCGCUCAAUUUGCUCACCACCCCGGUUGGGGUUAUUGUCCUCUCUGCAGGUGUUGGCAACGACGUUGUUGGCUGGAUUCUUCUGGCUCUAUGUGUGACGCUGGUCAACUCAGGCGCUGGUCUCACAGCUCUGUGGAUUCUGCUAGUCUCUGUUGGAUACUGCUUGUUUCUUGCAUUUGCCGUCAGACCUGGUUUCAUGUGGGUCUUGCGAAAGACAGGCAGCUUGUCUAACGGUCCUACUCAAACGGUGGUGGCCCUGACCAUUCUCCUGGUCUUAGCCUCCUCCUUCUUCACAGCCAUAAUUGGUAUUCAUGCUAUCUUUGGGGCUUUCAUGAUUGGACUCAUAUGCCCGCAUGAGGGGGGCUUUGCCAUCAAGCUCACCGAGAAGAUUGAAGACUUGGUUGGCGUCUUGUUUCUGCCGCUUUACUUUGCCCUUUCCGGUCUCAGAACCAAUCUCGGUCUGCUGGACAGCGGAAUCACGUGGGGCUAUGUUGUCGGAGUGUGUGCGAUCGCCUUCUUCGGCAAGGUGUUUGGCGGCACAAUGGCCGCAAGACUCAACGGGCUUGUCUGGCGCGAAUCGCUUACUAUCGGCUGCCUCAUGUCCUGCAAGGGUCUCGUGGAACUCAUUGUUCUCAACAUUGGUCUCCAGGCGAAGAUUCUAAGUACGAGGACUUUUACCAUCUUUGUGGUCAUGGCACUAGUCACAACAUUCGCGACUACGCCACUGGUCGCCUGGCUCUAUCCUCCAUGGUACCAACGGAAGCUGGACCUUUGGAAGAAGGGCAAAAUCGACUGGGACGGCCAUCGGUUACCUCAAGACGGUACGUCAGAAUCUAGUGAGGAUGAUUGGACAGAGCACCACGAGGCUGUCCGAAAAGUUCUUGUUUAUUUGCGUCUGGAUGGCCUGCCCAGUGUCUUCACAUUGGUGUCCAUGUUUGCUGCGAAAAGAGAGGAGCCUGAUCACAGUGGGCCGCUCUUGAAGCCUGAGGGAGGGGGUGUCUUUAAGAACGAACCUGCUUUAUCGUCUGCGGCCACUAUCCAUCGGCCUGUUCGUGUUCAUGGCCUUCGACUGAUGGAGCUGACGGAAAGAGACUCGUCCGUUAUGAGGGUGUCCGAAAUCGAGGAGUACGCCAAUCGAGACCCUAUCAUCAAAGCCUUCGGCACUUUUGGACAAUCGCACGACGUCUCUGUUGCAGCUCAAGUGGCGGUCGUCCCCGAGCGCACAUUCUCUGGAACAUUGAUGAAGCGGGCCAAGGAUCUGUCGUCGGAUUUCAUCAUCAUUCCUUGGUCAGAGACCGGGACUAUGAGCGAGCAUCCGUCUCUCUUCGAUGAUCACUCUGGAGGCCCGCUUGCCAACCGCGAGUUCGCGAAGCUAGUCUCUGAGACCUUUGAGAAAGCCCGCAUCUCUAGCAGCGUUGGUGUUGUCGUCGACAAGCUGGUCAUUUCCCAGGCUCCCAAGCUUGAAAGCCCAGUCGUUGACCGGCAAGCGUGGCAGCUGAACCGGACCAACACCGGAAUCAGUGUCCCAGACGCGGGUCAGUCCGUUAUCAACUUCAAACUUGCCGACAGCGGUCGGCAACGACUGCUCGUCCUCUACUCUGGUGGUGAAGACAGCCUCUUCGCGGUGAAACUUGGUCUGCAGUUCGCAAAGAAUGACAACGUCGACCUCAAAGUGCUCCGACCAAUGGUUAGCAAGGAAGCUGAUGAGGAGCACGAAGAUGAGCUUUUCGAAUACAAGACUCUGAAGUCGUCAGUCACCGCCCAGAUGAAGCAACGGGUGCAAUUUAUUGAGUCGGAGGGCCCUGCGAUGGGAGCAGUGAUAGCCGCGUUGACGGAGCCCAGCUCUGCUGAGACGUUGCUCAUCCUGGGUAGGGGCUCGUCCGAUAUGAGUCUCAGCAUGUUUGACAGUGCUAGCAGCGUCACCAACCAAGCACUGGGCACUCUGGCUACCAGCAUGUUGGCGGAGCUUAGGGAAAAGGAGCUCAACUCGAGCAUCAUGGUGGUCCAGAAGCGGCGGCGUGCCACCGAGCUCAAGCGACAGACGACCAACGAGGCAACGGAGCAGUAA